AUCUACGGUAAUGUCUACGGUGGCGUGCAAUUUUCCAGCAGCGACAGCAGUGCUGCGAGAUCGACCGACCACCAGUGCCUGCGCGACCUGCGAGUCACCGACCCGCGCGAAGAGCGAACGAGGAUCGAAGGUGACAAGGACAAGCUGCUCAGGGAUUGCUAUGCAUGGAUCCUAGACGAUAGCAACUUCCAGCAAUGGAGGAGGCAGGGGGGCCCUCGGCUGCUGUGGAUCAGAGGCGACCCGGGCAAAGGCAAGACGAUGAUGACCAUGGGCCUCAUCGCCGAGCUAUCGCAAAGCUACAAGACCAGGUCACCAUCAAGGACAGUAUCAAAGGUGUUGUACAAACUGAAGCUAGGGUCCGGGCCAUGCCUGGUGGCCUACUUCUUCUGCCAGAACACCCACCCCGAUCUCAACAACGCAGUCUCGGUGUUGAGAGGACUUAUAUACAUGCUCGUCGAUCAGCAGAUGCAGCUGAUGCGACAUGUCCAGAAGCGAUACGAGGCUGCAGGAAAGCAGCUUUUUGAAGGAGCUAACGCCAUGUAUGCGCUGAGAGAGAUACUGUCGGACAUACUCAAUGACCCGACUCUGCCAACGACAUACUUGCUAGUUGACGCACUCGACGAGUGCGACUCUGGUCUGCCUACUCUUCUUCAAAUCAUCACUGAUAGCAACCUUGCGCGGCGGUCGAAGGUGAAGUGGCUAGUGACAAGCCGCAACGUGCAGGGGAUUGAGCGGUAUUUGCAGCCAGACUCGGCUGGCAUCAAGGUCAGUCUUGAGGUUUGCGCAAGCCACGUGUCGAAGGCUGUGACGGCGUUUGUCAACUUCAAGGUGCAGCACCUGGCAACUACAAAUAAGUAUGACGCUGGACUACAAGCAGAGGUGCAGCGGGUGCUCCGCGACAGGGCCGAGGGCACGUUUCUAUGGAUAUCGCUCGUGUGUAAAGAGCUAGAGGUUGUCCCCCACCAUGAUACACGGGAGGUACUGCAAGCGAUGCCACCUGGACUGGACCCGCUAUACAACCGAAUGAUGAAACAGAUCCUAGCGCAAAAAGAUGGCACAACAGCAUACUGCAAAGCCGUCCUGCGGGCACUCACUUUAGCCUUUCGACCACUGCAUCUGCUGGAGCUUGUAGUAGUUGCUGGCCUGCCAAACGAUCUGUUUGGCAGCGCGGAGAGUAUCUCCGACCUCGUCGCCCGCUGCGGCUCGUUUCUCGCAGUGCGCAACAACACGGUGACGUUCAUACACUUGUCGGCCAAAGACUACUUCACGUCUGGCAACGGCCAGCAGAUAUUUGAUGGAGCAGUGACAGCAGAGCAUGGACAGGUGACAUAUCGUCUGCUUAGUGUGAUGCGCAAUACACUACGGAGAGACUUAUGCGAUCUAGAGAUGUUAGGAGCGCGAACCGAGGGUGUGGUAGACCGGAGCAAGAAGAGCACUCUCGUACAGAUUGCAUAUGCAUGCGAGUACUGGAUUGACCACCUGUGCGACUCGAAUCUCAUGUCUUCCGAGAACUCGGAUGAUGUUCUGCAGGAUGGAGGUAUUGUCGAGAAGUUCCUGCAAGAAAAGUAUUUGUACUGGCUAGAGGCUCUGAGUCUAUGCAAGAGAGUACCAGAGGGCGUAGCUGCAGUAGAAAAGCUCUGGCGUCUUGCCCAGGGAAGAGAAGAACAGGGCUGGUUUAGUACCCUACUUAAAGACGCACGUCGAUUUAUAAUGUACCAUAAGGGAGCUAUUGAAGAUAGCCCUCUACAGGUCUAUGCGUCAGCAUUGUUGUUUAGUCCUAAGAAGAGCAUGGUCAGGAACCUAUUCAAGCACGAGGUGCCAGACAACAUUACCAUCAACCCUAGUAUGAACGACAGCUGGAG